AUGGUUAACAAGCAAGGACAAAAGUUAUACUUCUUAACCUGUGAUAAUUCAAAACCAGAUGAUACUGGUAUCCUACUUGAAGUAAUGUCUCCUCAUAAUCAUGCGGAAACUUGUUCUUGUUCCACUCUAAUGCCUGAACAGAGUAGUCAAGUAUCAGCUAUUCCUGAUCAGA